AUGGAGACCGUACGUGAUGUACAAUGGAUGCACACAGAAAAUAUUUAUGCUGUCGCUCAGAAGCAUUACACCUAUGUUUAUGAUAACCAAGGGACCGAAUUGCACUGCAUAAAGCAGUUGCAUGAGAUUCGCCGGCUUACCUUUUUACCUCGACAUUUUUUGUUGGUUGGAUCGUCUGGAACUGGCUGGUUGCAUUGGUUGGAUGUAUCCAUUGGCAAAAUGGUGACAUCAUUUCCAUGUCGGAUGGGACCAUUGAACGUGAUGUGUCAGAAUCCUGGAAACGCGAUAAUCCAUACCGGACACGACAAUGGAACGGUCUGCUUAUGGUCACCAAAUGUAAAAGAGCCACUCGUAAAGAUGCUCGCCCACCAAGCCUCAAUCAAAGGCAUGGAUAUAGACCAAACUGGAAAGUAUAUGAUUACUACGGGUCUUGACCGGAAGUGCAGAGUAUGGGAUGUGCGAAUGUACAAACAAUUACAUGCUUAUUCUCUACCUUUCGGUCUUUCUCAUGUUGCCGUCAGUCAACGUAUGGCAGUAGCCUGUGCGAUAGGCAAUACAGUUCAGAUCUUCAAAGACAUGCAUCUCGGUGUAUGUCACGAACCCUACCUUGCACAUCGCCUCAGUGGUCCAGUUUCGGAUCUCGCGUUUGUUCCUUACGAAGACGUCCUUGGUGUUGGACAUGCGAAUGGAUUUACCAGCAUGCUGGUGCCAGGGGCCGGCGAAGCAAACGUUGAUGCGACAAGAGCAAAUCCAUACGAAACGAAGAAGCAGAGAAGGGAACGUGAAGUGAAACAACUUCUUGAUAAGCUCCAACCUGAACUUAUCACUUUGGAUCCCAAGGAUAUUGCUCGUGUAAAUGAAGACUUACUAGAGAAGGAAAUGGAAGAAAGAAAGAAGAUUUUGUAUGUUCGCCCAGUCCACAUCGAAUAUACACCGAAACACAAAAUGCGAGGACGAGGCACAGGAUCGCAUAAGGAGCUUCGAAAAAGUAUGGUGGUUGAUGAUAUUCGAAAAGAACGCAUAAAUGAGAAGAGAGAAGUUGAAAAAGAAGUGUUUGGAACUGAGAAAACGGAGUCUUCCAAGCCAAAACAAUUACUCGACAGAUUCCGAAAAUAG